AUGGGCGACUCCGAAUAUGAAAACGAAAAGGAGCACGAGCGCGAGGUCGCCGAUGUCGCCAAUGUCCCCGACCCCAUCAGCAGUUCCGUCGCCGCCGCUGCCGCCAACAAAAGCGAUGAGGAUGUUAUAAGCGAAAAGGACGUUGCCAUGGGCGCCAUGGACCAGGACUCCGACCUCGACGAUGACGACGACGACGGCCAGGUGGGCCGCGCCCAGCAGAGCCAGCAGGAGGAGAUGCACCGCGUCCGCAGUACGGCUACCGAUGCCAGCGCCACCAGCGCCGCCACCUCGGCUGCUGCUUCCGCACUCCCGCCAAAGCGGUCGUUCAUGCACAAAAUCAACCCCUUGCGCUGGGGCAAGGUCCCCGCCGUCCCCGACGAGCGCACCGUGUGCCCGGAAGACAAGGCCAAUUUCUUCAGCAAGCUCAUCUUCCACUGGCAGGGCCCUCUCAUGCGCACCGGCUACUCCCGCCCCCUCGAGCUCAACGACAUCUGGCUCGUCAACCCCAACCGCGCCGUCGAGCCCAUGACCGACCGCGUCCGCGCCUCCUUCAAGCGUCGCGUCGCCCGCGGCGACAAGUACCCCCUCCUCUGGGCCAUGCACGAGGCCUACUUCUUCGAGUUUUGGCUGGGCGGCAUGUGCCAGCUCUCGUCCUCCAUCUUCCAGGUCAUGUCGCCCUUUACCCUGCGCUUCUUGAUCCAGUUCGCCACCGAUGCGUACAACGCCAGCAACAAUGGCGGCCCCGCGCCCCACAUCGGCCGCGGCCUCGGCCUCGUCUUUGGCGUCACCAUCAUGCAGAUGCUCCAGAGCCUGGGCACAAACCACUUCAUCUUCCGCGGCAUGAUGAUCGGUGGCCAGGUUCGCGCCACGCUCAUCAACCUCAUCUAUGAAAAGAGCAUGGUUGUGUCGGGCCGCGCCAAGGCUGGCGGCCGCGCGCGCCCUGACGACCCUGCUGACGCAUCCAAAGAUGCCAGCGGCAAGGAUGCGAGCGACGGCGAUGACAAGUCGGACAAGGAAAAGGCUAAGCGCAUGAACAUUGAUGCUGCUGCUGCUGCCGCCGCCGCCGCCAAGUCGGGUGCUCUGGUGGCCGGCGACGGUAUCGGAUGGGGCAAUGGUCGCAUUGUCAACCUGAUGAGCGUCGACACCUACCGCAUCGACCAGGCCUGCGGUCUCUUCCACAUCAUUUGGUGUGCCCCCAUCUCUUGCUUGGUCACCCUUGUUCUCCUGCUCGUCAACUUGACCUAUGCCGCCCUUGCGGGCUUUGGUCUGCUCGUCGUUGGCAUUCCGGUGCUCACCCGGGCCAUCAAGAGCCUCUUCAAACGCCGCAAGCUCAUCAACCGCGUGACGGACCAGCGCGUCUCUCUUACGCAGGAAAUCUUGCAGUCCGUGCGCUUUGUCAAGUACUUUGGCUGGGAGAGCUCGUUCUUGGCCCGUCUUGAGGAGUACCGCGCCAACGAGAUUUCCAUGAUCCAGGUCCUGCUGUCCAUCCGCAAUGCCAUCAUGGCCAUCAGCCUGUCCCUGCCCAUUUUCGCCUCCAUGCUGUCGUUCAUCGCCUUCUCCCUGUCGCACCACAAUCUCGCGCCCGCCAAGGUCUUCUCGUCUCUGGCCCUGUUCAAUGGCCUGCGUAUGCCGCUCAACCUCUUGCCCCUAGUCAUUGGCCAGGUCACCGAUGCCUGGACGUCCGUGAAGCGGAUCCAGGAGUUUUUGCUGGCCGAGGAGCAGGAGGAGGACGUCGAGUGGAAGCCCGAAGGCGUCCAUGCUGUCGAGAUGCACGAUGCCUGCUUUACCUGGGAGAGAACCCCUACGCAGGAGACCGAUGACGGGGCGGGCAGCAAGAAGCCAGGAGCAGCCCCCUCGAAGAAGGGUCAGAAGAAAAAAGAGGCGACCGCCAAGGCGGCCCGGCCGGCUUCGUCGGAUGGGAGCGCUGGUGACACUGCCAGCACGCUUGUCGAGGAGCUCGAGCCAUUCAAGCUCAACGACUUAAACUUUAGCAUCGGCCGCAACGAAUUGGUCGCUGUCAUCGGCUCCGUCGGCAGCGGAAAGAGUUCUCUGUUGGCGGCGCUUGCCGGUGAUAUGCGCAAAACCAGUGGCGAGGUUGUCCUGGGCGCGUCCCGCGCCUUCUGUCCGCAGUACGCAUGGAUUCAGAACGCCACCCUCCGUAAGAACAUCUUGUUCGGCAAGGAGUACAGCGACAAGUGGUACAAAGAUGUUAUCAAAGCGUGUGCCCUGCAGCCCGAUUUGGACAUGCUGCCGGCUGGCGACGCGACCGAGAUUGGUGAGCGCGGCAUCACCAUCUCCGGCGGCCAGAAGCAGCGCCUGAACAUUGCGCGUGCCAUCUACUUUGACGCCGACAUCGUGCUGAUGGACGAUCCCCUGAGUGCUGUCGAUGCUCACGUUGGCCGCCACAUCUUUGACCAUGCCAUCCUUGGUUUGCUCAAGGACAAGUGCCGUAUUCUGGCCACCCACCAGCUCUGGGUGCUGAACCGCUGCGACCGUAUCAUCUGGAUGGAGGCCGGCAAGAUCCAGGCUGUCGACACGUUUGACAACCUGAUGCGUGACCACGAGGGCUUCCAGCAGCUGAUGGAGUCGACGUCGGUCGAGGAGGAGCAGGAGGCGAGCGCGCCCGCGCCCGCGUCUGCGGAUGCCGAGGGCAAAAAGAAGAAGAAGAAGAAGGGCAAGACCCUGAUGCAGAGCGAAGAGCGCGCCGUCGCAAGUGUUCCAUGGUCCACCAUCGCCGACUACAUUCGGUCGUCAGGCUCCAUUUUGAACGGCCCCUUGGUUGUCUUUUUGCUCAUCCUCUCACAGGGCUCCAACAUUGUGACGUCUCUGUGGCUCUCGUACUGGACGUCGGAUAAAUUCGGCUUCACGACGGGCGUGUACAUUGGCGUGUAUGCUGCUCUCGGUGCGGUCCAGGCCUUGCUUACUUUCAGCUUCAUGGUGUCCUUGUCCAUCUUUGGCACCAGCUCGUCCAAGGUCAUGCUGCGUCGCGCCAUUGGGCGUGUGCUGCGUGCGCCCAUGUCCUUCUUCGACACGACCCCCCUUGGUCGUAUCACCAACCGGUUCAGUCGCGAUGUGGACGUCAUGGACAACUCGCUGAGCGACGCCAUGCGCAUGUACUUCUUCAGCGUGGGCAGCAUCGUCUCAGUUUUCGCCCUCAUCAUCGCCUUCUUCCACUACUUUGCCAUUGCCCUUGGCCCGCUCUUCCUCAUCUUCCUCUUCGCCACGUCCUUCUACCGGUCGUCGGCGCGCGAGGUGAAGCGUUUCGAGUCGGUGCUUCGGUCGACCGUCUUUGCCAAGUUUGGCGAGGGCCUCAGCGGCGUGGCCUGCAUUCGGGCCUACGGCCUGCGGGAGCAUUUCAUGGCAGACCUGCGCAACGCCAUUGACAACAUGAACUCGGCAUAUUACCUGACAUUCAGCAACCAGCGCUGGCUGUCUGUGCGUCUCGACAUGAUUGGCAACCUGCUUGUGUUCACAACCGGGAUCCUCGUCGUGACGUCGCGCUUCAACGUCUCGCCGUCCAUUGGCGGCCUUGUGUUGUCGUACAUCCUGGCCAUUGUGCAGAUGAUCCAGUUCACGGUGCGUCAGCUCGCCGAGGUGGAGAAUGGUAUGAACGCCGUCGAGCGCCUGCAGUACUACGGCCAGCAGCUGGAGGAAGAAGCACCGCUGCACACGGUUGACGUGCGCCAGAGCUGGCCGGAGAAGGGUGAGAUUGUCUUUGACAACGUGGAGAUGCGCUACCGUGAGGGUCUUCCGCUCGUGCUGCGCGGCCUCAGCAUCCACGUGCAGGGCGGCGAGCGUAUCGGGAUUGUCGGCCGGACCGGUGCUGGCAAGUCCAGCAUCAUGUCGACGCUGUUCCGUCUUGUCGAGAUUAGCGGCGGCCGCAUCAGCAUCGAUGGCAUUGACAUUGCGACCAUUGGUCUCCACGAUUUGCGCUCGCGCCUCGCAAUUAUUCCCCAGGAUCCCACACUCUUCCGCGGCACGGUCCGCAGCAAUUUGGAUCCAUUCAAUGAGCACAACGACUUGGAGUUGUGGUCGGCGCUCCGCCAAGCCGAUCUGGUCACGGACGAGGCCGAGCAGCAGGCCAUGUCCGGAGCCGCCAGUGGUGGCGCCAGUGGCAGCGGGAGUGGCAGUGGUAGUGGUAGUGGCAACAAGACUGGCGCUGUGAGCAGUUCUGUUGUGCCGGAGACCCAUUCACCAGCGACGGCUGGUCGUGAAGCGACGCGCAUCGGCUUGGACAGCGUUGUAGAGGAAGACGGCUUGAACUUCUCGUUGGGCCAGCGCCAGCUUAUGGCCCUGGCACGUGCACUGGUGCGUGGCAGCCAGAUUAUCGUGUGCGACGAGGCCACGUCGUCGGUGGACAUGGAGACGGACGACAAGAUCCAGGCGACCAUCGCCUCGGGCUUCCGUGGCAAGACGCUGCUGUGCAUUGCGCAUCGUCUGCGGACCAUUAUUGGUUACGACCGCAUCUGUGUCAUGGACCAGGGCGCCAUUGCCGAGCUGGACAACCCGAUGGUGCUGUACCAGAACGAGAACGGCAUCUUUCGUGGCAUGUGCGACCGGAGCGGCAUUCGUGCGGACGACAUCAGCGCUGCCCAGGACAAGCUGGAGAGCUAUGUCGCCAGCCAGGCGGGCAAGGAGAAGGUGCAGUUGUAG